UUCAGUUCAACCUGCGGGCCGUCCAUAAACCACGUAGACCAAGUUUUAAACAUUGCAGAUCCUACCUUUCCCUUCGUAUACUCAAAUUUUAAAGCGUUUCGUUUCAAUACUCCUCCCAUAGGGCCUUUUCCAUGACAAGUUGCGAAAAAAUGCCACACGGCAGCAAUGCCAAUUUUUUUUGCAUGUUGCAUCAGUACCUAAGAGUCCAAGCUGUACCUCAUAGGUAUAUCACUCGUUCGUAGGCAAUGACUUUUACAUAAGCUCCAGCCCAAUAGGCUUCGCGGUGUUAGUGACAUUUGGAAAUGUUUGGUGGUGUUUGUAUUUAUUCGCAAUAUUCAUCUAUUUACCUGAAACAGCUGUUUGAAGUGACGUCAUUGCUUACGAACAGGUGAUAUACCUAUGAGUUACAGCUUAGACUCGUAGGUAUAUCACUCACUCGUAGGUACGAUAUAAUGCUUCACAUAAAACAACGAAUGUUAUGAAAGAAAUGAUCAGUUAGAAAUCAAAGUUUCCUACUAGAACAGUUGAAUUGAAGAAUAUCUAAAAAUGAAGCGUAAGUGUUCAAUGUGUGAUGUUUGGAUGUUGAGUUCAUGUGCCAGAAAAAUCACCAAUAAAUUGUACGAUUAUGCAGUGGAAAAAAAAGAUUAAAAUAGAUGAGAGUAGCUCCUUCAUUUGUCAACGAUGCUACCACAAACUAUAUGAACCCAAUGAUGCCGUGACCGAAGAAGCCGUUGCAGGACCAUCCAGAAUCGCUGCUACAGAGUCCAUCGAAGCAACCAGCAUUGAAUCAAUUUCCGUUGCGGGACCGCCCAGAAUGGUUCCUUUUCCCUGCCAAGAAUCAGUGGAAACAACCAGUUCUGAAUCGAUCGUUACCACCUACAACGCACCUUUGUCGGACGAAAAUGAAUUCCUUAUACAACUUAAGGAUAAAUAUCAAGAAACAAGAGACAGCAAUGAGCGAUACAGGAUUUUAACCACACUUCCCAAAAGUUGGUCUACAUAUAGAAUUAUGAAGGAGUUCAAUGUUUCCCAACAUAUGGCCAACCAAGCAAAAGCACUGCAGCAAGAGAAAGGAAUAAUGUCGGUGCCUGUAAAGAGGUUAAGCAGAGCUUCAUUAGGAGAACCAACGAUAAUGCUUGUUCGUGAUUUUUACAAUAGUGACGAUAUAAGUCGUGUUUGGCCGGGGAAAAGAGAUUAUUUAAUAUCUAAAAAUGAUGAAGGCAAAAUCUACGUACAAAGAAGAUUAGUUUUGUGUAACUUGCAGGAGGCGUACUCCAUCUUUAAAAAUACAUAUCCUGAUAUUAAAAUAGGAUUUUCCAUGUUCGCCAGUAACCGUCCGAAACACUGCAUUUUGGCAGGGACAAGUGGCACGCAUACCGUAUGCGUUUGUAUAUAUCAUCAGAAUGUUAAACUUAUUUUUAAAACACUACAAAGCAGACAAUCACUCCCAGAUGGUGUUGAUUCCUAUCACGAUUUGUUUAAAAAAAUAAUUUGUCAAAAUCCAAGUGAACAAUGCUGGCUGCAGUGUUGCAAAAUUUGUUCAGGAACGCAAAUUUUGGCCACAGAACUAAUGACUAUUCUUAGUAACGGACAUGUUGAAUCAAUACAAUUCAAACAAUGGCGUCAAGUAGAGAGAUGCAUUAUGGACUUAGUUGAAAUGGACACACAGGAAUUUAUUGAUACUUUUUUAGAAAAAAUAUUCAAUUUAUUGCCGCAUAACUUUAUAGCUGAGCAACAGGCAAAUUACAUGAAACACGUCAAAAGCAAUUUGAAAGCUACAGAAUGCAUCAUAAUCGGUGAUUUUUCGGAGAAUUAUUCUUUCGUUGUGCAGGAUGCAGUUCAAGGCUUUCAUUGGGCGAACGCCCAAUGUACUAUUCACCCUUGUGCUAUUUAUUUUAAAGACGAAGAAUCUAACGAUUUGAAAUUUACUAGUUUUAUUGCAAUUGCUGAUUUCACUAAACAUAAUCAUAUCGCAGUUCGUUUAUUUCUUACGCAUUGUCUAGCGUUCAUAAAAUGUAAAUUGCCAAGCUUACAACAGAUUUACUUUUUCUCAGAUGGAUCAGGAAGCCAAUACAAAAAUAAGAUGACCGCUUUUAAUUUAUGCUACAUGCAAAAAGAUUUUGGCAUUGCCGCCGAGUGGAAUUUUUUCGCAACUUGUCAUGGAAAGGGCCCUUGUGAUGCUUUGGGAGGAGUAUUAAAACGAAACGCUGCGAAAGCGA